AUGGCCACUCCUGUUGAGAACCGCCAUAGCCCCAGUCUCCAUCCCAUGUGGACUCCUCAAUACAACAUGGGAGGAUUCCCUCGCUCUACGACCCGUCCAGCACCUACCUCAUACUUUAGCUCUUCUGAUCGAUCUCCCAAGAGUUUGCCCACCCCUGUCUUUCCAUCCAACGAUGGAUCUAUGAGACAACAUGAACGGGCCAUGGUUGACCGCCUCGGCCAAAGACUUCGACAAGCGCAACGCACCGAACUGAGUCCGCCAAAACCAUCUCCUCGACCGAGACCACUUUCUCCUCUCGCUGAGCAUUCGGGCGCCGAGGGGAGACGAUAUUCUGCUGCUCAAAUCAGCCCCCGUAGGCCGCCGGCGCCGGUAAUGCCAGUAUCACCAUCGAUAGCCAGUGGUCGUAGGCAAACCCUCGCGGCGGAAAACCGACACAUGCUUCUCGCCGGCAUGGGAGACGAAGCAAAACGCCGGCAAUCUGUCCCUACCGCGGGAUUCUUUGCCAGGUCUAAGGAUGCUGAGAAGCGUCACCAUCUUGAGCAGCUCCGCGCCUGGGGUCACGUCUAUCUCGGCGAUGCCAAAACCUCCGACGUCUUCGUCCAAGCUGUAUCUUUGCGGAGAGAGUCCAAUGCGAGCACCAACUCAGACAACUCUGCUGGCGAUUCCUCACCUACACGCAUACCAACAACGCCCACUGGCUCCUCUCAUCAGACCUCAAUUCGAGCUCGUGUACGCCCCCGCGCCCUGGAACGCAAGCCGUUUCUCAUCCAACGCACAUUCGACAUUGAGCAGCUUCGUUCCACAGUCCCAGACCCGCUGCCGACCUCUCCUCCUGCGGACUUGAGGCGGCGGCCUUCAAUGGUCGGCCCGUCACUGUCACUGCCAAAGAUGUCCUCUCCUCGGCCAAGCAUGGCACGGCGGAGGUCGAGCAGCGCCGCUGUGCACAGCCCCUUGCCCUUCAACCGCGGGCUCAAACCUGGAGAACCCAGAGCCCCGUCGCGUGGCGCAACCACCAUGCCAAUCCACCUUCAAUACGCCCGGUCCUAUCUGCCGAUGCUGGCUGCGCUUAUUGUCUCCGGCCACAUUACCACGGGCGACGUUAUUGAUCUGCCGCUGCCACAUCCCGAGGCCUGGGCCAACACGGUUGCCUAUGUAUAUACGGGACAAGGAGAUUUGACGGAUGCGGUCAGGGAGAACAUCCUAUAUCUUGGAGGAAAAGUUUAA